GAAAAAGGGCGACAAACGCAGCGAGGGUUUCACUUCGCCACGGUGAACGGAGAGGGAGAGAGAGAGAAAGGGGGAGGAGAAGAAGAAGGAGAAGCAGAAGAAGAAUAAUAAAUGGCGUCGGUGGUGAGGGGCGUGUUCAAGGCGAUGAGGGAGAAGGGCUUGGGCAACUUCAUCAAGGAGAUCCGCGACGAGGGUUACCUGAAAUGCCUUUCGGACGGAAAUUUGCUGCAAACCAAGAUUCACAACAUUGGCGCAACCCUCGUUGGAGUCGAUAAAUUUGGAAACAAGUAUUAUGAGAAAUUGCAAGAUACUCAGUAUGGAAGACACAGGUGGGUGGAGUAUGCAGAGAAAGGCCGUUAUAAUGCAUCCCAAGUGCCCCCAGAGUGGCACGGAUGGCUGCACCACAUUACUGAUCACACUGGCGAUGAGCUGCUGAUGUUGAAACCAAAGAGGUAUGGAGCGGAGCACAGGGAGAAUUUAUCAGGGGAGGGAGAACAGUACAUCUAUCACUCCAAGGGCCAUGCUCUCAACCCUGGCAGGCGGGACUGGACUCGAUACCAACCUUGGCAAUCCAAGGAUAAUUAAACAGAUGUUGAAAAUCCUUAGUGCGCAAGGAUGAGCAGUAUUUUGGUUUGUCUUCUUUCUUCGCCUGAUACUUAUUGUCCUGUUAAAACUGUGUAUUUCAUUUUCAUCUUCCUGUCAAAGCUUUGAGAACGGAAAUUAACUGCCUCGGCUGGAAUAAGUGUAUUGGAUGUUUGAUACCUUUUGAGAACAUAAAUGAACUGGCUCUAAAUUUGACAUCAUUUUUACC